UGUUUGAUAUGUUCGGAAUAACCUAACUGUGAAUUAUCCCAGUAUAUAAAAUGGAGCUUAAAUGUCUGGUUCUAUUAUUUCAAAAAUGGAUAAUGUGUUGUGCAUUUCGUGCAAUUUGGAGGUACGACCUAGACAACAUGCGGUUACAUGCGACGUUUGUGAACGUUGGCAGCAUCGGCUUUGUGGAACUGGCUGGCAUCAUCGACUCAACAGCCAGGCACAUCAUGGCGCAGUGCCCGUCUACGUGCUGGUACCAGCCCUGCGCAAGGAAGCCGAGAUGGUGGACAUCAGCGUGCAGUCUUCCGAUCUGGAGCGUGAGCAGCGUUCAUCAACCGUCAAAGCACGCCUGGAAGAAUACUGCACAAAGUAUUCGAAUGGUGAAGUGUCCACUUCCACCUUUUUGAAGGCUGUUUUACACUUGUAUGGACCCUCUGAGUGAAUGAAAAGUUAAGACAUGUGUUAAGCUGUUACAUAGUGUGUUGUGUUCAUUGUACACUGUAUUUGUUUC